AAAAAACUCAACCUCUACUUAAAGUACUAAUUACCAUGUUUUUGUUUUUUUCUCUACCCUUCACGUGGUUCGCAUACAAAGAAUAUUCCUACACAUAUUUCUCGUGAAACCUUUAAACAUUUUGAUUUAGGAGUGUAUAUAUAUAAGAUGAAAGAUAAAUGUUUGUCAUUCAGAAACGAGAUGACGAUAAUGACGAUGAUAAUGAAGAUGGCUCCUUCCAAAUCUGCACUGAUACGCUUUAAUCUAGUCUUGUUGGGUUUCUCUUUUCUUCUCUACACUGCCAUUUUCUUCCACCCUUCUUCAUCAGUCUAUUUCAGCAGCGGAGCUUCCUUUGUUGGAUGCUCUUUUCGUGAUUGCACUCCCAAGGUGGUGAGAGGAGUGAAGAUGCAAGAACUCGUUGAAGAGAACGAAAUAAACAAGAAAGAUUUGCUAACCGCUAGUAACCAGACAAAGCUGGAGGCGCCAAGCUUCAUGGAAGAGAUUUUAACAAGAGGGUUAGGAAAAACAAAGAUAGGGAUGGUGAACAUGGAAGAAUGUGAUCUUACUAAUUGGAAACGUUAUGGCGAAACGGUUCACAUACAUUUUGAGCGUGUCUCGAAGCUCUUCAAAUGGCAAGACUUGUUCCCCGAGUGGAUAGAUGAAGAGGAAGAAACCGAGGUUCCCACAUGUCCUGAGAUACCUAUGCCCGAUUUCGAAAGCUUAGAGAAGUUGGAUUUGGUAGUAGUGAAGUUGCCUUGUAAUUACCCUGAAGAAGGGUGGAGAAGAGAGGUUUUGAGGUUGCAAGUGAACCUAGUUGCGGCUAACUUGGCAGCCAAGAAAGGGAAGACGGAUUGGAGAUGGAAAAGCAAAGUGUUGUUUUGGAGCAAAUGUCAACCGAUGAUUGAGAUUUUCCGGUGUGAUGAUUUGGAGAAGAGAGAGGCAGAUUGGUGGCUGUAUCGCCCUGAGGUGGUUAGGUUACAACAGAGACUCAGUUUGCCAGUCGGAUCUUGCAAUCUUGCUCUUCCUUUGUGGGCACCACAAGGUGUAGACAAAGUGUAUGACCUAACGAAGAUAGAAGCAGAGACAAAACGACCAAAACGUGAAGCCUACGUAACUGUUCUUCACUCUUCCGAGUCUUAUGUCUGUGGUGCCAUAACUUUGGCUCAAAGCCUCCUUCAGACAAACACCAAACGCGAUCUUAUCCUUCUCCACGAUGACUCCAUCUCCAUUACCAAACUUCGAGCUCUCGCCGCCGCAGGAUGGAAGCUUCGUCGGAUCAUUCGAAUCAGAAACCCACUUGCGGAGAAGGACUCGUACAAUGAAUACAACUACAGCAAGUUUCGACUCUGGCAAUUGACAGAUUACGACAAAGUGAUCUUCAUUGAUGCCGACAUCAUCGUCUUACGUAACCUUGAUCUUCUCUUCCAUUUUCCUCAGAUGUCGGCCACCGGAAAUGAUGUAUGGAUAUAUAAUUCAGGCAUCAUGGUCAUCGAGCCUUCUAAUUGUACGUUUACUACAAUCAUGAGCCAGCGAAGCGAGAUCGUUUCAUACAACGGUGGAGAUCAAGGGUGAUUAAUUAGCACUUUUAGUAUUACAUUAUAGACUUUAUACUUAACAAUUAUAUUAACAAAAAAAGAAAAUAUAUAUUUUCAGGUACCUAAACGAGAUAUUUGUGUGGUGGCACCGAUUGCCUCGACGAGUAAACUUUCUGAAGAACUUCUGGUCGAACACAACCAAAGAAAGAAACAUCAAGAACAACCUCUUCGCCGCGGAGCCGCCUCAGGUCUACGCGGUCCACUACUUAGGUUGGAAACCAUGGCUUUGCUAUAGGGACUACGAUUGCAACUACGACGUGGACGAGCAGUUGGUGUACGCUAGUGAUGCGGCUCACGUUAGGUGGUGGAAAGUGCACGACUCCAUGGACGAUGCAUUGCAAAAGUUUUGCAGGCUGACGAAAAAGAGGAGAACGGAGAUCAACUGGGAGAGGAGGAAAGCAAGGCUUAGAGGUUCCACUGAUUAUCAUUGGAAGAUCAAUGUCACUGAUCCAAGACGACGUCGUUCUUAUUUGAUUGGUUAAUUUGUUUUUUCCUUGUAUUUAGACAUCAUAUCGAGACUGAUACCCAUUACUCCACCUUUUCUUUAUUCUUGUUCUUUGUAGAUCAUGUCUAUGAGUAUCUUACAAUAUUAUUCAUGAGUAAAAACAUCCC